AUUAGGAAUUAGGAAAUAAGGAAUCCAGGGACUAUGGCGGACAGUUACUUGGGACCCCCGCUUUCCUUGCGGUCUUCAAAUUCUCAUUUCCAUAUUCACAAUUUUCCAUUUCCAUGCUCUCUUCUCCUUUCUUUUCCUCCUCCUCCAUUUUCAAGAAGCCUCUCUUCUUCUUUUUCCUUUUCUUUUAUGGCGCCCGUUAAUUCUUUCUUGAACAAUAGUGCUCACUGCUGUCACUGUUCAUCCGCUUCCACCACCAGUACUGCUAAUAAUUGUGCCUCAAAUCAGACUUCUUUGCUCGUUUUUUCAGGGGGAACUGCCUUUAAUGGUGUUGUGGAAGAGCUCAAGAAUUUAACAACUCGUGUGGCUCAUGUACUCCCUGUUUCUGAUGAUGGAGGCAGCACUGCUGAGAUUGUUCGUGUUCUUGGUGGUCCAGCUGUUGGAGACAUUCGGUCAAGAUGCUUGAGACUAUCUGAUCAAAGUACGUCCGAGGCUCUUGCAGUGAGGACAUUGUUAGGUCACCGAUUACCUCUUGAGGCACAGAAAGCAAAAUCAGAAUGGUAUGCUAUCGUGGAAGGGAAUCAUUCUCUGUGGAUGGAUGUCUCAAAACCAUAUAGGGAAACUAUUCGAGCUUUCUUGGUCUAUUUCCAGGAUCAGGUACUCAGGCGGUCAGAAGAGUCUUUCUGUUUCAGUAAUGGGAGCAUUGGGAAUUUUUUCUUUGCUGGAGCACGCAUAUUCUUUCAGUCUUUAGAUGCUGCAAUCUUUUUGUUUUCACGUGUCUCAGAAAUUCCCUCGGAAAGCCAGGUCCUCCCAGUGAUAUCCACAAAUGACAGGCUUACAUUGGGUUGUGAAUUGUUGGAUGGCACCAUAAUACGGGGUCAAAAUGAAAUAUCACAUCCAACAAAUGGAUCAAUGGAACCUGUAAAUAAGAGCAACUCUUCGGUUCCAGCCCUACAUUCAAGAAUAAAAAGAGUGUUUUAUAUGUCCAGUGAAGGCAACAAUUUAUUGCAUGAGGUCUUUCCAAAUGCAAAUCCAACUGUCUUAGAACAGCUGAGGAGUGUGGAUUGCAUUAUCUUUGCUAUGGGAUCACUAUUUACUUCCAUAUGCCCCUCCCUGGUUUUACUCGGAAUUGGGGAAAUUAUUUCUUCACGCACUUGUCCCAAGGUGCUUCUUUUGAAUGGUACUCAUGACAGAGAAACUAGUGGCUUAACGGCUUCUUGCUUUGUGACUGCUAUUUCGGAUGCUUUAAAUCGAUCUUAUGGAGAUCCACACAACUGUCUUAAAAAUCCUCCAAAUGAAUACAUCAAUACAAUUUUUGUGCCCAAAGGUUGCCAAAUUCCUGUAGAUAUUGAUUGUCUGGCCGCCCAAGGGAUCUUUCACAUGGUUACGGUUGACUCUGUACAUGAUUCAAAAGGAGGUAUAUUGUUUGAUCCUAAAUCUUUAAUACAAGCUCUAGCCAAUUUGUUAACUGGAUUCCAAAGGAAGAAUGUGCAUGGAAUUUGAUCCAUUUUGAAUUCCUGAUGAUUGCUGAGAAACAGCAGAAGCGUUUACACCUGGUCAUGGUAUCUUUUCCCUACUUGCUCCUUUACACCGAGGUACGGGUUUGUAUACUGGCGACCUUGUACUUGUUUCGACUAUUGAUGUACUAACUGAAAAUUGAAUGGGAAAUUCGUGGAAUCAGAAACUAUAGCUGGAUUCAACUUCCAGGUCUACUACUAUUGGAGGAUAGGUGUGGGUAUUUUCCUUCGACUUAAUCAAUUUUAUAAUUAAUCAGGCCCAAGUUCAUGCAUUGAGUUGCUGGUUGAUGGUGAUUUCUUCUAAUUGUGUUUUCAAGAUGCUGAACCAUAUUAGCAUAGGUUGAGUAUUGUAGAAAGAAAUGCUUUAGUUAUUUCUGAUUAUUAUUUUAUGUGAUUAUCUAAUUCAGAAUGUAGUUAUAAAGCUUCUUGUUUACUUGUAUUCACUGCACAUGCCUUUCCAUUAUGGAACCUGACAGACAUGGACUGAGAAAUGAAUGCAAUGGUAAUAACUAUAGCAGUGGUUCUAUUGUUAAAA